AUGAUUAAAUCAUCCUCCCAAGUAUAAAAGAUAUUAGAAAAAAUAUAAAAAAAAUAUCCAGAUGUAACUAGGAAACAAAACCAUGAAAAUAAUUUAACUAGUUUCGAUACUAGUAGCUAAAAUGUAGGACUUUCUUAGACUAUUAAUCAAGCUUUAAGUAGCAAGCCUUCAACAUCGCAAGGAAGAAUUUAGACCAUUAAGGGAUAAUCUUUUUCAAAUAAAAAUAUUUCUUUGAUUGCAUAAAAAUAACAUAAUUUUAGUAGGAUUAACAAGUCAAGCAAUAGUUCUCCAUAAAGAAAAACUAAAGGUUAAUAAAGCACAAACACCUUUAAUAAUACUUAAAAUAAUUUCUCAAAUAAUUAAACUUUAAAUGGGCUAUCCCUUCUUAAUAAUUAACAUAAACCUAGUCUAGAAUACAAUAAUUAUAUAGAAAACUUAGAAAAAAAGUUGAAUGAGCUCAAUGGAAAUAAGAAUAGCGAAAAAAAAAAUAUUAAUUUACUUUAUAAACCAUAAGAUACCCUUAAAAAAAGAACUUCAUAAAAGAAACUUAAAAUGUGCAGAUAAUUUGUCAUUACUGGACUUUGUAGAUAUGGUUAAACAUGCCAGUUCGCUCAUAAUAUUUAAGAAUUAGAUAUUUAGUACAUACCUAAAGUUUGGAGUAAACAUUUUGAUUAGCAUAAAAAAUCUAACUAAUACCUAUCUGAAUUAAAGUAUAACUUUCCAGAUAAGUAAUAUUUAAGAGAUAAUUAUAGUGAUUAGGAAGAAAAAUAUGAUGAAGAUAAAGAUUUUGAUGAUUAAGAAAACUAAAUGAGUUAUCCAGAAAUAAAUAAUGAUAAUACAGAUUAAAAAUAAAGUGAAGGUUCAUAUUUAGGAAGAAAAAGUGCUACUAAUCUUUAACAUCUUUAGCAAAGCAGUAUCAUAGAAAAAUAAUAAAAAGACUACUCUUCAAUCAUUAAAAAAUAUAAUUAGACCAGUCUAAGUUUCAAUAAAAAACCAUAAAGUGCUUCAUAAACAAUGUUAACAAAAAGAAUGAGUAAUAUUGAUGACUAUAUUGUAGACAUAAAUAAAAUUAUUAAUUAAAGAGGAAGAAGUCUUCUUUUAGAAGCAGUUUUACUUGGAUAGUUAGAUGUUGUAAAAGAAUUAUUAUUGAAGGGAGCUAAUCCUUCUAUAACUGAUUGGUCUGGAAAUGAUUGCAUAUUAUAUUCAAUAAAAAAAAACUCAACUGAUAUAUUAAGAUAUUUAUUAGACUACUCCUAAUUUGAAUUAGAUUUAAAUAAAAGAUUUGGUACUAGCGAAACAACAUAUUUAAUUUAUGCAGCACAAAACAGCUUAAAAAAUAUUGUAAUUAUAUUGCUUGCCUAAGGUGCUGAUCCAAAUAUUUAAGACCAACAAAAAAGAACAGCUUUGACAUUUGCUGUAAAAAACAAUGACAAAGAUACUAUAUAAGCUUUAUGUGAGAAUGGGGCUGUAGGGACUAUUGUUGAUGAUUUUAAUAAAACACCCGUAGAUUACGCCUUUACAAAAAAAUAGCUUGAUAUUGUAACUUACCUAUUUAAAAAAGGUGGUGUUUUUGCUGAUUAAAAAAAAAAUAGAAAAGUUAUGUUUUUUGCAGCAGAAAAUAAUUUGAUAGAUUUAAUACAUGAAAUGAUUUAAAGAAAUAACCCAAUUUCUGAUAAAGACCAUUUGGGAAAUAGCAUAUUGAUGCUGUUAUAUAAAAAUAGACACUUUGAUAAUAUUUUAAAAAUGAUUGAGGAGUUAAAUUUAACAAAUUAAAUUUGUGAAAAAAAUAAUAAUGGAGAUUGUGUUUUAACAUUAAUGUCAAAGGAAGGAAAUGAGUAUCUAGCUAUCCAGCUAAUUUAAAGAUAUUCAGGAUAAAUAAAUAUAAACAUAUAGGAUAAAGAAGGAAAAACAUGCUUGAUAUAUGCUUGUGAGCAUGGGCUAGAUAGUUUAGUAGAACUGCUUCUUUAAAAGGGAGCUGAUUGCAAUAUUUAUGAUAGGAAUUGGGAUACUCCAUUAUUGCUUGCUUCUAAAAAUAAUCAUUUAAUGUGUGUUAGAUACAUACUUUAAUAUGCUAAGGGAAUAGAUAUUUUAUGGAAAGAUUAGUAUUAAAAUACAGCAAGAAAUUGCUCAUAGUCAGUAGCUAUAAAAAGUUUAAUUUCACAAUAUAUGAUUGAAUAGGACAAAAUGAGUGAUUCAUUGAUAAAAGAAUUGGAAGACGAAGAAUUCAAUUUAAAGUAAUAUUUUGACCAAUAAGCUAAUAAUACCAGUACAAGUUAAAUAACCUAAAAAAAAAGUAGUAUAAUUGAUUAUUCUCAGCAGAAAAAGUUAUUUAGAAUAAGUAAAAAAUAUGGGAAAUGA